AUGCGCGAACUCGUGGAGGACCUCAAUUAUGACUUUAACUACAAUAUGUUCAUCUUGAAAAAUGCUCUUCGGAGUCUACCGAAGCACGACUCACGCCCCUUGGCUCUGCAGUGGUUGCACAAACUGUCAUCGUGCAACAAGACCCUGGAGGACCUGAAGCUGCGCAACGAAUUCAUGUACCACAUGGUGAACGGACUGCGCGCUGGGGAACUGUGCCCGCCGUUCGACUCGCCGCCGCCAGACGUACCCCUCACCUGUAUGGCGCACAUGCUCCCGGGCGCCAACUUGGACGCAGAAGGAGACGACAAGGAGUCCGCGAAGGGUGUGUGCGGCUGCUCCAGCGGCCUGACGUCCAAGGCGUCGGGGCCCCCGGAGCCGCUGGUGCAGGCGCUCUCCCCGGACGGCGGCGCCUUCCUCGCCAACCAGCCUAUGCCGCGCUGCGGCGCCUUCUGCUACAUCGCCGUGCUCUGCAAGCGCUCCAGCUGA